AUGGCCGAAUCAACCACGAUUCCUACCUUCAAACUUGUUCUCGUCGGUGAUGGAGGUACCGGUAAAACUACAUUUGUCAAGAGACAUUUGACCGGUGAAUUUGAGAAAAAGUACAUCGCCACACUAGGUGUCGAAGUGCACCCCUUGGCAUUCCAUACCAACCAUGGUAUGAUCUGCUUUAACGUUUGGGAUACCGCAGGGCAAGAGAAGUUCGGUGGUCUGCGAGACGGUUACUACAUCCAAGGCCAAUGUGGAAUCAUCAUGUUCGACGUGACCUCCAAAAUCACGUACAAGAACGUUCCCAAUUGGUUCAGGGAUUUGGAGCGCGUUUGCGAAAAUAUUCCAAUCGUUUUGUGCGGAAACAAGGUUGACGUCAAGGAACGUAAAGUCAAGACCGGUUCCGUCACUUUCCACCGCAAGAAGAACCUACAAUACUUCGAAAUCUCUGCCAAAUCAAACUACAACUUUGAGAAGCCUUUCCUUUGGCUAGCUCGAAAACUAUCUGGAACAACCAACCUCGAAUUCGUUGCCGCCCCUGCCUUGGCACCACCCGAAGUUGCAGUUGAUGCUAACUUGAUGGAGACUUACAACAGGGAGCUCGAAGCCGCCGCUGCGGCCCCUCUUCCUGACGAAGAUGAUGCCGAUCUUUAA